AUGUGGAGAACAAAGAAAAAGAAACAUAGAGAAAACAUGCGUGGUUCCGAACAACGAGAACGAUCUGUAGCGAUAUGCAGCUGUAGUCGGAGGAAAACUCAUUGCAUUGGGCAUCCUAAUAGCGAUGAUCAGCAUAAACAUGUCGCGCAUGGCGCGGUCAAAAGACGGGGGAUUCGAGGAUGGCUGUCGAUCAAUAAAAUCGACAUAGCCAGGCAUCGAUUCCCGUUCUGCAUUGUUUGGACUCCUCUCCCUGUCCUUACAUGGAUAUUCCCUUUGAUUGGCCAUAUGGGAAUAGCCACAAGCAAGGGAAUCAUUCGAGAUUUCUCCGGAAGCUACUGCGUCACGGAGGAUGAUAUGGGUUUUGACUGGCCAACCAUGUAUUGGCAAUUGUCUGCUGAUGCUGUUGAAGGGGGUGCAGAGGCCUACGACAGAGCCAUCAGGGAAGCAUCUGAUGAAUACAAAGGCAGAAUGCAUAACAUUUGCUGUGACAACUGUCACUCCCAUGUGGCCCUUGCUCUCAAUUCGAUGCGAUAUGGAGAAUGCGACAGCUGGAACAUGGUGAAACUGGCAUUGUACAUACAGAUCUAUGGAAAGUUUACAGGCAUUGGAGGUUUUCUCAAGCAAUGGGGAUUCUUCUUUAUCAUGUGCGCAGUUUUUGUUGCAAUAAUUAUCUUUCACGAGGAAGUCAUGGUCCGCUUGACGGUGGAAUUGAUCGAUAGCGCACCACAGUUCAUAAACACAGUACGAGAACGUGAACUCAAUUUGCGCGGUUAUAAAAUACCGGUAAUUGAAAACAUGGGAGUAACAAAGGAUCAGUUUGAUGUUAUCGACUUGACAGACAACGAUAUCAAGAGACUGGACAACAUUCCAUUGUUAAAACGGCUACAUACAUUGUAUUUACACAACAACAGAGUACACUACAUACAGCCGGACAUUGGAGAGAAGCUGCCAAACUUGAAAAUUUUGGCUCUUACUAACAACAAUAUUACUGAAUUGGGUGACAUUGAUCCACUGGCCAAUUGCAAGAAGUUGGAAUAUAUCACGUUCAUCGGAAAUCCAUUAACCCACAAACCAAAUUAUCGUGCUUACAUCAUCUACAAGUUGCCAUCAGUGCGUGUUAUCGAUUUCAAACGUAUAAGGCUAGCGGAGCGUGAAGCUGCCCGCAAAAUGUUCAAAGGCAAGAAAGGUCAGAAAGCCCGUGAUGCUAUCAGACGUAGCACAAAUGCUCCCACUGAAACAGAAAGCGCAGAGUUACAAAGAAUCAGCGGAGCUAAUAUCUCUGCUGAGGACAGAGCUAAGAUUCAGAGUGCUAUCGCAAGUGCUAGAUCACUGGCAGAAGUGGAAUACCUCCAAUCAGUUUUGGCGAGUGGUCGUAUCCCGGAGAAGGGAUGGAACAAACAAAUGAUCCUCUCGAACGAUGGGAUGCCUGUGUCUCAGGAAGGAUUGUUCGUUCCUGAACCCGAAUAUCCGCCUGCUCCGCAUGAUAGUCCAGCAGGAAUGGAUUUCCAAGGAUCGUUUCAUGUGAACGGACAUGGUCAUUUUGACAAUCCACCAAUGUCAAUGAACGGAAAUGAGAACAAACAACAUGAAGCAGGCGGUAUGGAUUUCCAAGAAGCGCACUAUUAA